AAAAGAGUGACCAUUCGCGGUCCCCUAAAAGUGCGACCAUCUGUCGCAACUAUCGCGAAAUUUGUCGUUUUUACGGUACAAAUAUGGGCAAAUUCCGCCAUAUAUUCAGCUCUUCAACAUUUAUAAAUAAAAAAACUGACAUGAGGCACGCGCAAUUCCUGGCCCGCACUGUUCUCGUGCAAAAUAAUAACGUGGAGGAGGCCUGCCGACUUCUGAACCGCGUCUUGGGAAAGGAGGAACUUCUGGACCAGUUCCGUCGCACUCGCUUCUACGAGAAGCCCUACCAGGUUCGCCGCAGGAUAAACUUUGAGAAAUGUAAGGCGAUUUACAACGAGGAUAUGAAUCGCAAGAUUCAGUUCGUCCUUCGCAAAAACCGCGUCGAACCUUUCCCAGGAUGCAGUUAGUCGCUGUUAUAAGAGUUUUUUUCCAAUAAAAUCUGUACAUUUUGUUAAGAAAA